CGGCGCUCGCCCGGCCAGUGUCCGGCCUCCGACGCUGCGUGGAGCGGCCGGGAGGAAGGGACGCGGGGGAUCGCCUGCUCUGCGGUCCCCGCCCCGCGCGCCCUGCGCCCCACUUCCCCGGCGGCCGCUGCGAAUCUCAGCCUCCCGCCUCCCCGCGCUGUCCCGGGCGCUCAGGCCCCCGAGCGGCGGCGAGUUUGGGCGCGCAGGCGGCGGGCCGCGGCUCCGGGCGCCCCGGCGGGCAGGGGGUGGCCGCGGCUCCGGGCUCAGCGUCCCGCGCGCGCUGUGGCGAUGGCUUCGUCGCGGCGGGGGCUGCUCUGUCGCCCCCGCCGCCUCCUGCUGCUUCUCCACGGACUCCUGCUGCCUCUCUGCGGCGCCUUCAACCUCGACGUGGAGAGUCCUGCCGAGUACUCCGGGCCGGAGGGAAGUUACUUCGGCUUCGCGGUGGAUUUCUUCGUCCCCAGCGCGUCUUCCAGGAUGUUUCUGUUGGUGGGAGCUCCCAAGGCCAACACUACCCAGCCUGGGAUUGUGGAAGGAGGGCAAGUCCUCAAGUGUGACUGGUCUUCCACUCGUCGGUGCCAGCCAAUUGAAUUUGAUGCAACAGGCAAUAGAGAUUAUGCCAAGGAUGAUCCAUUGGAGUUUAAGUCCCACCAGUGGUUUGGAGCAUCUGUGAGGUCAAAACAGGAUAAAAUUUUGGCCUGUGCUCCCUUGUACCACUGGAGGACUGAGGUGAAACAGGAGAGAGAGCCUGUGGGAACAUGCUUUCUUCAAGCUGGAACAAAGACUGUUGAGUAUGCUCCGUGCAGAUCAAAAAAUAUUGAUGCUGAUGGACAGGGAUUUUGUCAAGGAGGAUUCAGCAUUGAUUUUACUAAAGCUGAUCGAGUACUUCUUGGUGGUCCUGGUAGCUUUUAUUGGCAAGGUCAGCUCAUUUCAGAUCAAGUGGCAGAAAUUGUAUCUAAAUACGAUCCCAGGGUUUACAGCAUCAAGUAUAACAACCAAUUAGCAACUCGGACUGCACAAGCUAUUUUUGAUGACAGUUAUUUGGGUUACUCAGUGGCUGUAGGAGAUUUCAAUGGUGAUGGUGUAGAUGAUUUUGUUUCAGGAGUUCCAAGAGCAGCAAGGACUUUGGGAAUGGUUUAUAUUUAUGAUGGGAAGAACAUGUCCUCUUUAUACAAUUUUACUGGUGAGCAGAUGGCUGCAUAUUUUGGAUUUUCUGUAGCUGCCACUGACAUUAAUGGGGAUGAUUAUGCAGAUGUGUUUAUUGGAGCACCUUUAUUCAUGGAUCGCGGCUCUGAUGGCAAACUCCAAGAGGUGGGGCAGGUCUCAGUGUCUCUGCAGAGAGCCUCAGGAGACUUCCAGAUGACAAAGCUGAAUGGGUUUGAGGUCUUUGCACGGUUCGGCAGUGCCAUAGCUCCUUUGGGAGAUCUGGACCAGGACGGCUUCAACGAUAUUGCAAUUGCUGCUCCAUAUGGGGGUGAAGAUAAAAAAGGAAUUGUUUAUAUCUUUAAUGGAAGAUUGACAGGCUUGAACGCAGCACCAUCUCAAAUCCUGGAAGGGCAGUGGGCUGCUCGAAGCAUGCCCCCCAGCUUCGGCUACUCAAUGAAAGGCGCUACAGACAUAGACAAAAACGGAUAUCCAGACUUAAUUGUAGGAGCUUUUGGUGUAGAUCGCGCUGUCUUGUACAGGGCCAGACCAGUGAUCACCGUAAAUGCUGGCCUUGAAGUAUACCCUAGCAUUUUAAAUCAAGACAAUAAGACCUGCCCACUGCCAGGGACAGCUCUCAAAGUUUCCUGUUUUAAUGUCAAAUUCUGCUUAAAGGCAGAUGGCAAAGGGGCACUUCCCAGGAAACUUAACUUCCAGGUGGAGCUUCUUUUGGAUAAACUCAAGCAAAAGGGAGCAAUUCGACGAGCACUGUUUCUCCAUAACAGGUCCCCAGGUCACUCCAAGAACAUGACUAUUUCAAGGGGGGGACAGAUGCAGUGUGAGGAACUGAUAGCAUAUCUGCGGGAUGAAUCUGAGUUCAGAGACAAACUUACUCCAAUUACGAUUUUUAUGGAGUAUCGAUUGGAUUAUAGAACAGCUGCUGAUACAACAGGCUUGCAACCCAUUCUUAACCAGUUCACGCCUGCCAACGUUAGUCGACAGGCUCAUAUUCUGCUUGACUGUGGUGAAGACAAUGUUUGUAAACCCAAGCUGGAAGUUUCUGUAGAUAGUGAUCAGAAGAAGAUCUACAUUGGGGAUGACAACCCCCUGACGUUGAUUGUUAAGGCUCAGAAUCAAGGAGAAGGUGCCUACGAAGCCGAGCUCCUCGUUUCCAUACCACCGCAGGCUGAUUUUAUCGGGGUGGUGCGAAACAGUGAAGCUUUGGCAAGACUUUCCUGUGCAUUUAAGACAGAAAACCAAACCCGCCAGGUGGUGUGUGACCUUGGAAACCCAAUGAAGGCUGGAACUCAACUCUUAGCUGGUCUUCGUUUCAGUGUUCACCAGCAAUCAGAGAUGGAUACUUCUGUGAAAUUUGAUUUACAAAUUCAAAGCUCUAAUCUUUUUGACAAAGUAAGCCCACUUGUCUCUUACAAAGCUGAUCUUGCUGUUUUAGCUGCUGUGGAGAUAAGAGGAGUCUCAAGUCCUGAUCAUAUCUUUCUUCCGAUUCCAAAUUGGGAGUACAAGGAGAACCCAGAGACUGAAGAUGAUGUUGGGCCAGUUGUUCAGCACAUCUAUGAGCUGAGAAACAGUGGUCCAAGUUCAUUCAGCAAGGCAAUGCUACAUCUUCAGUGGCCUUACAAAUAUAACAAUAACACUUUGUUGUACAUCCUUCAUUAUGAUAUUGAUGGGCCAAUGAACUGCACUUCAGACAUGGAGAUCAACCCUUUGAAGAUUAAGAUCUCAUCUUUGCAAACAACUGAAAAGAAUGACACAAGUGCUGGGCAAGGUGACCGGAACCAUCUCAUCACCAAGCGGGAUCUCGCCCUCAGUGAAGGAGAUAUUCACACUUUGGGCUGUGGAAUCGCUCAAUGCUUGAAGAUUGUCUGCCAGGUGGGGCGAUUAGAUAGAGGAAAGAGUGCUAUCCUGUAUGUAAAGUCUCUACUGUGGACGGAGACCUUUAUGAAUAAGGAAAAUCAGAAUCAUUCAUACUCUCUGAAGUCAUCUGCUUUAUUUAAUGUCAUAGAGUUUCCAUAUAAGAACCUUCCAAUUGAGGAUAUUGGCAACUCCACAUUUGUUAUGACUAAUGUCACCUGGGGCAUUCAACCAGCACCCAUGCCUGUGCCCGUGUGGGUGAUAAUUUUAGCAGUGCUAGCAGGAUUGUUGCUACUGGCUGUUUUGGUAUUUGUAAUGUACAGGAUGGGCUUUUUUAAACGUGUCCGGCCACCUCAAGAAGAACAAGAGAGGGAACAGCUUCAACCUCAUGAAAAUGGUGAAGGAAACUCAGAAACUUAACCGAUUUUAUGGCACCUCCUGACUCAUUAGAAUUACCGGCUUCAUUGUAGAUUUAAAUUUCCUUCACGAGGAAUGAAAUUUCCAGACUGUACUGAUCAUCAUGCCUAUUGGCAUAAACCACAAAAUGAGAACAAUAUUUGUCAGUCUUCUCAUUAGAAAUAAGUUCAGAUACACUUUUAAUACACGUACAGUAACCUGUGUUUUUAGGUAUUUAAUAAUAAAAUUUUAAGAGACCUUCUUAUUCAGUGUACAUAAGACAGGUAGUGCCUCAGAUACUACUUUAUAUAGACUAAUACCUCCUACAAUUACUGUUUCUGUUUAGGAUGUUGGAUUUUGCUGUUGUUGUUUUAAGCAACCCAAAUUUGGACAUAAGCAUCCAUGUCUUUUGUGCAAGUACUUAAUAUACAUUACACUACAGUUGACUUUUCAAACUACUAAAGAUUUUAUAACUGCAUGAACUUAGAUUUGAAUAUCACCUAUAAGGGAGAACUUUAGUAAAAAAAAAAAAAUACAUGAUAAUAUCAGAAUUCUUGCCUGUAAUAGCAAAGGUGGAAUAUUUUGUUUUAAUAUGAAAAUUGGGUUAUUGCUAUUAAAUUUUUAUUUAUGUUUAACUUCAAUUUAUUUCAUUACAUUUUACUUUGUAUAGUUUGUUUUAUGUCAAAUCCUGUAAGCCAGCCUAAACUAAAAAUGAAUCCUGUAAUCACAAAUGCUAUUUUUGUGUAAUGUUUAGUUUUAUCUAAGUAUCAUGAUACUGAAAGCCAUAUGGAGUUGGAAAUCAUUUCCAAAGCAUAUUUAUUCCAAUGUUUUAGUCUGGCUAUUUACAAUACAAAAAAGAAAGCAUUUUAAUAAAAUACUUGUUUGUAGUUCUUUGAGGUACUUAUUAAUAUAAUAGUGCAUUCUUAGAGUAGAAUUUUAGUUGGUAUUAAUUUAUUUUCCUCCUAUACAUGCAUUUUUCCUUAUGUUUCUAAAACUGUUACUGAGAAUGAGUCAAGAUCCGUGAAGAAUCUUUACAACUUAUAGGAAUUCUUAUAGGAAUCCCUCACUCCUACCCCAUGAGAAAUACUUAGAAUCAAAACUCUUCUUUAACUUGUUUGCUUGCUUGUUUAUUUCUAGUAAUAGCAUGAUGUUACUCAUGUGAAUAUUCCCUCAGUUUAAGAAAGGUAAUGUGUAAAACCAGGCUUGGCUAUCAGAAUAACUUCUAAAAGAUAUUUUUAUAAGUAGUUCAAGUGAUUGAAAACUUUUUUAGAUUUGUUAACAUAAAUUACUUAUAUAGGAUUUUUAAUAAAAGCUACAUAGGUGGUGGCAAGUUGUGGUUUUAUACGCCUGUAGGGUGAUGAAUCUUUUUAGUGGAGUAUGUGAUCUAUUUACAGUUCCUCAAUGCCAGGGAUGACUGUCAGUUACGCCUAUUUUUGUGCAGUUACAUCAUGUUGUAUAGUAGAAAUUGAGAGUUUAGUAGCUUCCUAACUAUUGUCCUUAUUAGGCAGUGAUAAAUAUUUCCCUUAAAUCAUUGACUAUUUUUCUACGUUUUAAAAAUAAUUGAAAUUUAUCUUGCCAUAAAUUUUUCUUGUCUUGUGUUAAAUUCCAUGUAUAGUGGCUUUCCUAAUCUUGAGGAUGUAUUCAUAAAAUAGAAGCACUUUUAUUUGUGUUAUACAAGACAGAACAUAGACAAGACCCUAUAGAUAGCUUUAAGGAAUUUCAAAAUGAAUAGAUUUUGGAGUAUAGACUUUAUUAGUAACUUAAAAGGGCCUAAUCAUAUCCAAUAAGUAUUUUUAUUACCAGAAAUUAAAAAUUUCUUAAGAAAAAAAUAAUAUUUAUCCUAGGGCCAAGUGUUGCCUGCCACCGAACAGGCAACUAAGUUAGUCUACAACAAAUUUCACCUUGUCUGUUUUUUAACUCAAUACCAGUCAUUCCUGAAAACAUUGGAUAGAAAUUCACUCUUUAAUAAAAGUAUUGUUAUUAAUAAUUGCUUUUGCAUUAUCUAUUCCCUUAAUGGCCUCUAUCUCAAGAUAUAAUCUAGUAUUGGAGAUUGAAAUUGCUGUAAUUAGAAAUUAACAUGAUAUCCUCAAUUUCCUUUAUGAAGUGUAGUUUUAACCAAUAUAGUAUAGAUUUUCUUAAAAUGAAAAUUUAUAUCUCUACAAAACUAUAGAGAAGUAUAAUUUGAAAGUCUACUCUGUGAGAAAAAUGUUGAGAUUCUUUUUACCCUAAAGUAGCAUGUGAGAAUAUUUGAUUAAUUAUCAAAAAUGUCCUAUGAAAACUGUUUUAAUCUCAAGCAUUUUAAAUACUACUAUGUUUGGGAUUUAUUGAGUUAAAAUCCUUUUCGAUGGAUAAAGUUCUUAAAAUCUGAUUUGGUUUUUAAAAAAUGAGAAUGAGCUAGAUGAUGUUUAAAGCAUUUGGCAUUGAUGCUGAUACUGAUUUGUUACGUGGAUAUUUAUUUCAGAAUUGAUACUUUGAAAAACACUUGUGGUAGGGUCAUUUUUUUCCCCUCCCUUUGCCUUUCUUUCAUGACUGUUUAUCAUUGUAAUUCUGAUUAAGUUCUCAGUGAUUCUGAAAGGCAAAACAAUUAAUCAAAAUAUUAUUACCGCAAUUCUACUUGUGUUUUGAAACUACUUAUUCAUAGUUAAUCUCUUUGACACAUAGUAUUUAUAUAAAGAGAAAAUUGAAGAAUUAGAAGAUCCUUUAAUAGCUUCUUUAAGAGGCUCUGAAAGAUUUUUGAUAGUAAAUCAUGAUCCGAAGGGGGAGAAUUAUAGUAUACAAUAGAUCAGGUGGGUUUUUUAAGGCAAACAGAAUUUGUGAUGUUGCUAUGUUGCAGAAUGUAGUGACGAGUUUGGUAGAGAAGAUUUACUUGGUAAGUAAAUCUCGGAGUAGCGAUGUGUAGCAUCGUCCAUCUCAGUGUCACUCUGUAAUCUUGGGUAGCUUGUAGUUUGAUGCUUUUUAAAGAAACAAAAUUUUGAAAAUUAUAGGAUCAAAAAAAGGUGAAUGAAAUUUCUUAAUACUCAGUGUUUUAGAGAGUGUCUUUUUAACUUGUUAAGUGGCUAGUUUGAAGAAUGAAUCUGUGGAUAUGCAGCCUGCAAUAUAUGCUUGCAUUUUAAUUUCUGAUACAUAAUGAAUUCUUUGGGAAGGUACUGAAUCUUUGUUUUUUUUAGUCAUCAUCAUUGUUCUCAAGUGCAAUAUAACAAUGUAAUCAAACCUAGAUAAUUUCAAAAUCAUUGUUAAUUUAGUAAGCCUCAUCUAAACAGAGAUUUAUUAUUACUGUUAGCAGGAGAGAGUGAUUCUGCUGUAGAUAAACAAGUGAAGUUGUUUAUUCCUAAAUAGUUGGUCCAUUCUACAUUUUAUUUCAGGGUGGACAUGAACUUUUCCCUACCAGUUUUAAAAAGGUUAGAAAUAUCUUAAGGUAACUUGCAAGCUGUGUAGUAUAUCAAAUUAAUUUGCUAACUAAUAACAUAGAAAGUAAAUAUUUUUGUAAUCACCCACAUUGGGCGAGACAUAGAAUGAGUCCGUUCUAAAAUUUGUCAUUUGCUAACUUGAUUUGAGUUAGUGAAAACUGGUACAGUGUUCUAUUUAGUUCCCAACAUGUAACUUGUGUCUGUACAAUAAACUUGAGCAUAUGGU